AAUGUGCAUUGGAACGUUCAAAAAUUCUAAUUGCUAAGAAUUUCCCUCUAACCACUUCUGAUAGGAUGUAUUAAAAAGGGGAAAUUAUUUUGACGUUUCGGCGGCCAUGUUCAGCAUUCCUUUUCCGUGAAGUCUGUCAUUUCGUUACACGUUUCUGAAGAAACACCAAUAAUGCAGAUUUUCGUCAAGACUUUGACCGGCAAGACCAUCACCCUCGAGGUCGAGCCAUCAGACACCAUCGAGAAUGUUAAGGCCAAGAUCCAGGACAAGGAAGGCAUUCCCCCAGAUCAGCAACGUUUGAUCUUCGCCGGCAAACAAUUGGAAGAUGGACGCACCCUUUCGGACUACAACAUCCAGAAGGAGUCCACCCUUCACUUGGUGCUCCGUCUCCGAGGUGGUAUCAUCGAGCCCUCGCUGCGUAUCCUGGCCCAGAAGUACAACUGCGACAAGAUGAUCUGCCGCAAGUGCUACGCUCGUCUCCAUCCCAGAGCCACCAACUGCCGCAAGAAGAAGUGCGGACACACCAACAAUCUCCGCCCAAAGAAGAAGUUGAAGUAGGCGCCUACGCGGACUGUCGGAGUGCGAGGAGGUGUUCGAUUUUUUUCUAUUUUGUGCGUUUUCAUUGAUUGAAUUCGGUCAAUGUAAGUUUGUUCCAUUGGAAAACCAUCAAUAAAAGGUACACGAACUA